UAGUGACGCUUCCUAGUUCCUACAUCUUGAGUUCCACGUUGUCAACUUGCCAUUACCGAACCACCUCUCUCUCGGUUCUCCCCCAUUGAAGUGCAACAGCUACAUCAACUUCCGAUCAAUCUCCAUCUCCCCUCUCCCUGAAAUUGCCGCCAAAAAUCUGAUCAAAAUUUCAACAUUUUCUCUCUCCUCCAAUUCACUCUCCUUGAAUCAUCACAUUUCCAUACACUCUAAUUCACCCCUCUCUCUAAAUAGCAAGAGAGAGGGGAAUGUAACACUACGUUCAAAAUUAGGGAUUUUUUUCCAGAUCUAAAAUCAUCGACAUUGUAUUCAAAUCACAAAAUUCGAUGAUAAUUCGAUGAAAUGAAAUUGUUGUGAACUUGUGAGUAAGGUUUUUUUUUUUUAAUGGCGUCGAGGAAUCGGACGAUCUUGUAUAAGAAGUACAGAGACGCGCUGAAGAGCGUGCGUUCACCGGCGAUCGAAGGAGUUUCUUCAUCGACAAAUACGACGUCGUCUCAACAGAGUGUUGAAUUGACUACUACGUCUUUGCUUCAUCGUGGUACUCGUUCUUAUACUGCUCUUAGUACUGAGGAUCCUGGAACUUCCAGUAAGGGUGCAGUAGCAGUUGGUCUUCCACCGGCCUGGGUAGAUGUAUCUGAAGAUGUGGCAUCUAAUGUGCAGCGAGCUCGUUCAAAGAUGGCUGAGUUGACAAAAGCCCAUGCAAAAGCGUUGAUGCCAUCAUUUGGAGAUGGUAAUGAAGAUCAACGCCUAAUUGAGAACCUGACUCAUGAAAUAACGAAUUUGAUAAGGAGAUCAGAGAAGAGAUUGCAAGGGCUUUCUGCUGGUGGACCUUCAGAGGACUCAAAUGUCAGGAAGAAUGUGCAGCGUUCACUUGCAACGGAUCUUCAAAACUUAUCAUUGGAACUUCGGAAGAAGCAAUCUGCAUACUUGAAGCGCCUUCAAAAGCAAAAGGAGGGCUCAGAUGGAGACUUGGAAAUAAAUAUGAACGGUAGCAGAUCUCAAGUAGAAGAAGAUGACCAGGAGCUUAGUGAGCAUCAGCUAACCAGGAUAAAGAGAAGUGAAGCCUUCACAGUAGAAAGGGAGCGAGAAAUCCAGCAGGUUGUUGAAUCGGUGAAUGACAUUGCUCAGAUCAUGAAGGAUCUCUCAGUGUUGGUGAUAGAUCAGGGUACAAUUGUCGACAGGAUAGACUACAACAUUCAAAAUGUAGCAGCCACUGUCCAGGAGGGCCUAAAGCAGCUGCAGAAGGCAGAAAGAACUCAGAAGCAUGGGGGAAUCGUCAAAUGUGCAACAAUUCUCAUUAUAAUGUGCUUUGUCAUGUUGGUUCUCCUGGUUUUGAAAGAAAUUUUUUAGUAGAUUGUGAAAUAUUUUGGAUUCGACCUUCUAUCAUCAUGUUUGUUGUAUCCGUUGUCAGAUUCUUGGCUGCUUCAUCUGGAACUCUGACGAAGCCAUAGUCAAUAUAGUCUACUCUUCGUCCCUCUUUUUUUUCCUGAGGUUCUAAUAGCACUUCGGAUGGAAUAUAAGUUCUUAAUCUCGUCCCCCAUUUUGUUUGAAGCAUCUGCUAGGGGUUACAUGAGGGCUGAGGCUGAUCACAAUCUGAUCUAUACUUGCAAAUGUAAUUUUUUCUGUUAGAACGACUAAUUUGCCAAGGAAGUUGGACAUUAAUUAUUUGGGACUUGUCAAUCUUUUGUAUUCAAUUGUUCCUCUUUUUAUUUUCAGUAUUCAUACAUUGUAAUCGUUUUAUAGCAAUGAAAUCGACACAUUCUUUCUAAUGGAACAAGGUAUUAUAAAUUUACAA